UACUCUUCUGGUCAAAAAGUGAAGUGAAAAUUACGCCCGCGCCAUCAUGCGGUGAGUAACGAACUUCGACGAACCUCUUUCGUUGUGCUACAAGACGCAAACAUGGUCGCGGUCACCAAGAAGACCAAUGUACCUAAGGUACAGGUCAACAAAAAGCAGCACCUUCGUGGUAAGAACCAGAAGAAGAAGGUGUCGCUGAAGUUCACCAUCGACUGCACGCACCCAGUCGAGGACAACAUCAUGGAUGUUGCCAACUUCGAAAAGUACCUUCAGGAACGCAUCAAGGUUGCUGGCAAAACCAACAACUUUGGAAACAAUGUUACCAUUGAGAGGAACAAGAUGAAGCUGUCCGUGAACAGUGACAUUGACUUCUCCAAGAGGUACCUUAAGUACUUGACGAAGAAGUACUUGAAGAAGAACAAGCUGCGUGACUGGCUCCGUGUAGUUUCCAAAGACAAGGAAACCUAUGAGCUUCGUUACUUCCAGAUUAACAGCCAGGAAGAUGACGAUGAGGAAGAUGCCGAGUAAAAUAAUAUCCUUUCUACUCUAUAAAAAUGACAUUUUCAACAUCUGUACAUAAUUUUGGUAUGAAUAGAACUCUGUUCCAUUCUUAUUCUAAUAAAUGUCCAAAAAACCCAAA